CCCCCCCCCCCCCCCGGGAUUCCCUCCCCCUUUUCAAGUCAACAACCGCCCGUGCUGAGAUACGUUCGAUCCCACUAUGGCAAUUUUCGAUGUUGGCCAUCAGGGCCUUCAUCAAUUCAUCCGCCGUGAUGAUAGUGUGCAAAACACCUCCAACUCGGCUUCGAGUUUGGUCACCACCUUGGUUCCCUCGUUGAUUAUCGCCGUGGUUAUGGUCCUCGUUUUCAUUUUUUUGCGCCGCAGUGAGCGCCGCAUGUAUAUGCCUCGUACCUAUCUCGGAUUCCUGCGCGAGUCAGAGCGCACCCCCCCCUCGUCGACUGGUUUGAUGAAUUGGAUCUUUGACAUGUACCGCUUGCCCGACGAGUAUGUGCUACAGCAUCACUCUAUGGAUGCUUAUCUUCUCCUGCGCUUCCUCAAGAUUAUCUCGAUGAUCUGUUUCGUCGGAUGCUUGAUCACCUGGCCCAUUUUGAUGCCCAUCAAUGGGACUGGAGGUGCGGGUAAGCACCAAAUGGACAUUCUCAGCAUGUCUAAUGUCACCAAGGAUAAAUAUGCGCGGUACUUUGCGCAUGCCUUUGUUGCCUGGAUCUUUGUUGGGUUUGUUUUCUUUACCAUCACCCGCGAGAGCCUGUUUUACAUCAACCUUCGCCAGGCUUACUCGCUCUCUGCGUCUUAUGCGAGCCGACUGUCCUCCCGCACUGUACUCUUCACAGCUGUCACCGAGGACUAUCUGGACCGCGAGAAGAUCCGCCGCAUGUUUGGCGAGGAGAAGGUUAAGAAUGUGUGGCUUGCAACCGAUACCUCCGAAUUGGAAGACAAGGUUGAGGAGCGCGAUAAGGCUGCGAUGAAAUUGGAAGGUGCCGAAACUAAAUUGAUCCGCACCGCAAAUGCUGCACGACUGAAGACUCUCAAGAAGAAGAAUGGCCACAUCGAGGAUGUCCCGAUUUCCCCAGAGACUGAGGGAGAUGAUGACGAGUCUGGCUCUGUUGCCGCUCGUUGGGUGAAGCCUUCCGAUCGCCCCACUCAUCGCCUUACGCUUCUUAUUGGCAAGAAGGUUGACACAAUCAACUGGGCCCGGUCUGAGAUCGAACGUCUCACCCCUGAGAUCGAGGAGCUUCAAGCGAAACAUAAGGCGGGGGAUGCCAAGCUGGUAACUUCAGUGUUUGUGGAAUUUCAUGCUCAGGCAGAUGCACAAGCUGCCUUCCAGUCGGUGGCUCAUAACCUCCCUCUUCACAUGUCCCCCCGGUAUAUUGGAUUGGAACCCAGCCAGAUCAUCUGGUCCAACUUGCGUAUCAAAUGGUGGGAGCGCCUUGUUCGUUACUCUGCCACUAUCGCCUUUGUCGUGGCUUUGAUUAUCUUCUGGGCCAUCCCCACCGCAUUCGUCGGUUCUAUCUCCAAUGUCGACAGCUUGACUAACAAGCUCCAUUUUCUUCGCUUCAUUAACCAUGUGCCCGGCUGGAUCAAGGGUGUCAUUACCGGUCUUCUCCCCACUGUCUUGAUGUCCGUGCUUAUGGCCUUGUUGCCCAUCAUUCUUCGCUUGAUGGCCAAACUGGGUGGCGCUCCGUCCCUGGCGGCCGUGGAAUUGACAACCCAAAACUUCUACUUCGCUUUCCAAGUGGUCCAGGUCUUCCUCGUCGUCACGCUUGCGUCGUCCGCCAGCAGUGUCGUGACCAAGAUUGUCCAAGAGCCCACUUCUGCCGCCUCGCUGCUUGCCAACAAUAUUCCCACUGCUUCCAACUUUUACAUUUCGUACAUUGUCCUGCAGGGCCUGUCUUUCAGUUCCGGUGCACUUCUUCAGAUUACUGGAUUGAUCAUUGGAAAGAUCUUGGGUCGCUUGUUGGAUAACACUCCACGAAAGAUGUACAGCCGCUGGUCAAGCCUUGCCGGCCUGGGCUGGGGAACUGUUUACCCUGUCUUCACCCUCCUGGCAGUUAUUGCUAUUACAUACUCCUGCAUUGCCCCACUGGUUUUGGGAUUCGCGACCGUCGGUCUGUACCUCUUUUAUUUUGCGUACCGCUAUAACAUGCUGUACGUGUCGAAUGCCGACAUUGACACCCAGGGCAAAAACUAUGCCCGUGGACUGCAGCAGCUUACCACCGGAUGCUACCUUUUGGUCGUCUGUCUGAUUGGUCUCUUUGCCAUUGGCGCGGCUGGAAACUCAAUCGCCGUUGGACCCCUCGUCAUUGUCAUUAUCCUCCUUGUUGUCAUGAUUCUGUACCACUUUGCGCUCAACCAGGCCCUGGAGCCUCUCAUCCAGUAUCUGCCCAAGAACUUGGAGGCGGAAGAGGAAGCCCUUCUUUCUCAAGAGGCCACUGCCCUCGGCAACACCGCGAAUGGAGAGCAAAGUGAUGACGUCACUGCCACUACCACCGCCCCCAAGUCACAUGAGAACGGACAUGAGAAUGGCCUGGACACUGUGGAUUUUGCUGAGAAAGGCCUGACCGGCAUGCCCAUUGCGGAGCCCAAGGCCAACUUCAUCAUCAAGUAUCUGCGCCCCGAUAAGUAUAGUGGCUAUAAGCAGCUGCGACGUCUGGUUCCCAAUGGUAAUGAAAUCAUGUCCUAUUCCCCCGAGGUGGCGCACAACGCAUACUACCACCCUGCGAUCAGUUCCCAGGCACCUUUGCUCUGGAUCCCUCGCGAUGAUAUGGGCGUCAGUCGCCAGGAAGUGCGCCACACCAUGAAGGUCAUCCCCAUCACGGAUGAGGAUGCUUGGCUGGAUGACAAGAACAGAAUCCAGUGGGAUGUCGACAAGGGCGUCCCCCCUGUUUAUGAGGAAAAGGUGUACUACUAGUAGUGCCGACAUCAUGGAAGAAUGGUUAUGAUCUAGUCUCUCAUUUUUUUUUUCUUUUCUUAGUUUUAACUUGAUACCCAGAUGUCCGCC